AAGCUGUUUACUGAGGUCAAGAAUCAAGUGAGAUUACAUACCAUCAGACUUCUGUUUGAAAGUAGUGAAGGCGCCCCCUGCUGGAUACCUGAAAGACUUGCAGGUUUAAGGCACUUCUGCACUUGCUUCAAGUUCUUUCCACUUAUUGUACCGUCUGUGGUCCUUCAGCUGUGCGACCCAGCAGAUGUUGAGAACAUCCUGGUCUCAGCCCUGCCUCUACCUCCUGAGCUGUCUCCAGAGGUUUUUCAUGGCCUCUCUCAGGCUCAAGUUCUCUCACUUCCCUGUGUUGUCUUCUCUGUCCUCAGAAGCUGCAGUCCUGACCUCCUGAUUCCUGUCUGCUCCCUCAGGGGUUCCUGACCUGGAAGACUGGGUGGACUCCUUUCCUCAGCCUGACUAUCCCCACCAGCAGGUUCUUCUUGGACUGUGUCCCAAGACAUCCUGGACAGGGGACAUUUCAGCCCACAUUCAUUACAUUCUGGUCCACCAGACAGACAGACAGACAGACAGACAGGUCUAACUCUUGGCCUUCUUCAUCACCAUCACCAUCAUCCUCAGAGGAAGACGGACAGGAAGCCCCUGACCCUCGCCCGGUCGGGUCGCCAUGGCAACGGUCAUCUGCACUCGCUUCACCGAAGAGUAUCAGCUGUAUGAGGAGCUGGGCAAGGGAGCAUUUUCAGUGGUGCGGCGCUGUGUGAAGGUGCUGUCAGGCCAGGAGUAUGCAGCCAAGAUCAUCAACACCAAGAAACUCUCUGCCAGAGAUCAUCAGAAGUUGGACCGUGAAGCUCGAAUCUGUCGUUUACUGAAGCACCCCAACAUCGUUCGGCUACACGACAGCAUUUCAGAGGAGGCCCAUCAUUACCUCAUCUUUGACCUGGUAACAGGUGGAGAGCUGUUCGAGGACAUUGUAGCCAGAGAAUAUUACAGUGAAGCUGACGCCAGUCACUGCAUCCAGCAGAUUUUGGAGGCGGUGCUACACUGUCACCAGAUGGGCGUGGUCCAUCGAGACCUGAAGCCAGAGAACCUGCUGCUGGCCUCGAAGUCUAAAGGAGCCGCGGUGAAGCUGGCCGACUUCGGCCUCGCCAUCGAGGUGGAGGGAGACCAGCAGGCCUGGUUUGGCUUCGCGGGGACUCCUGGUUAUCUGUCUCCGGAGGUUUUGAGGAAGGAUCCGUAUGGCAAAGCCGUGGACCUCUGGGCCUGUGGUGUGAUUCUCUACAUCUUAUUGGUCGGUUAUCCUCCAUUCUGGGAUGAAGAUCAGCAUCGUCUCUACCAGCAGAUCAAAGCUGGAGCAUAUGAUUUUCCCUCUCCUGAAUGGGACACGGUGACUCCCGAAGCCAAAGAUCUCAUUAAUAAGAUGUUGACCAUCAAUCCAUCCAAACGGAUCACAGCAGCCGAGGCACUCAAACACCCCUGGAUUUCUCAUCGCUCCACUGUGGCAUCCUGUAUGCACAGACAGGAGACGGUCGAAUGUCUGAAGAAGUUCAACGCCAGGAGGAAACUCAAGGGAGCCAUCCUGACCACCAUGUUGGCCACCAGAAACUUCUCCGGAGGAAAGAGUGGAAGCAACAAGAAGGCCGACGGAGUCAAGGAAUCAUCUGAGAGCACAAACACCACCAUAGAGGACGAAGACACCAGAGUGAGGAAGCAGGAUAUCAUCAAAGUGACCGAGCAGCUCAUCGAGGCGAUCAGCAACGGAGACUUUGAGAGCUACACUAAAAUGUGCGACCCGGCUGUGACGGCGUUUGAGCCUGAGGCGUUGGGGAAUCUUGUUGAAGGCCUCGACUUCCACCGCUUUUAUUUUGAAAACUUGUGGUCUAAGAACAGCAAACCGGUCCACACCACCAUCUUGAACCCUCACAUCCACCUGGUCGGCGACGAGGCCGCCUGCAUCGCUUACAUCAGAGUGACGCAGUACAUCGACGCCAAUGGGACGCCUCGCACCGCCCAAUCAGAGGAGACCAGAGUGUGGCAUCGCCGCGACGGGAAGUGGCAGAUCGUCCAUUUCCACCGCUCAGGCUCCGCCUCCACGCUCAGCAAGUAAGAACAGUUAACUUCCAGCGUGGGUGGGUCUUUGAUGGGGCCACCGUGGCCUUGACAACUGAUUGAUUGACAGCAGAGGCAUCUGACACCAACCAAUCAGGAUUUAGUUUGAGAAAAACAAGAUGGAGGAGGAGAAGGAGGAGGCCGGGGCCAGGAAGUAUUGAACUGCACAACCAGUCGAUCAAUCGACCAAUCAGCUCGUCUGGAUUUUGCUUCAGUCACACCCCCUCCUGAUUAGCCAAUCAGCUACACAGAUUGUAAUAACGUGUGAAAACCUCUUAUCUCCAGCUGUUUUUUACUUCCUCCUUCACUAAUUAGGUCGACACCUUUAAUUAGGUCCUAAUUAGGGCUUAACCCCCCGCCCCCCCAAAAAAGACAGAAUUUCAAAGCAAAAGUCUUUCAGGAAGUUCCCCCUUAGUUAACACACUGAUAGCAAAUGUGCGACACAAAUUUAAUAAUGAAUUUCAGAUGUUAAUAAACUGAAGGGAUUUUGGUUUGUGAUAUAUUUUCAGCGGCAAAUU